AUGGCGGGUUCUUGCGCCGCGCCGCCCGUUGCCGGUCUUCCCUCGUUGAGGACGCCGCCGCCAAGUCUGAGCGCCGCGCCGCCCGUUGCCGGUCUUCCCUCGUUGAGGACGCCGCCGCCAACUCACCUCAGACUUGGCGGCUUCUUGCCCUGUUCCUCGGCCGCGCGGAGUCGCGGCGGCGCCGUGCUGGGAUGCGCUCUGGGGGCCAAGAAGCACACGCCGGGUGUUCUGAACCGGUUGCUCUGCGGAUACAUGCGAAGAGAUGGGCAUGAAGGUGAUGCAAGCAGUCAAGGAAGGGAUGAUGCUGUUAUGUUUGGGCCAGAUGAUGAUGGUGUAAAGAUUCCUACUCAGGUAGAGACUCUUGUAAAGGGCACUGCAACGGUUGCUGAACCAGAAUACAAGGCGAUCCCAGAUCUAGAUUACCUACAGGAGCUGCUGGCUAUUCAGCAGCAAGGACCUCGUGCCAUAGGUUUCUUUGGAACCCGCAACAUGGGAUUUAUGCAUCAACAGCUUAUUGAGAUCCUGAGCUAUGCUAUGGUCAUAACAAAAAAUCAUAUAUUCACAUCUGGGGCUUCUGGAACAAAUGCCGCUGUUAUCAGGGGUGCUUUAAGAGCUGAAAAGCCAGAGUUGCUUACUGUAAUUUUACCUCAAAGUCUAAAGAAGCAGCCUCCUGAAAGCCAAGAACUGUUGUCUAAAGUACAAAACUUGAUCGAGAAACCGCAGUAUGAUCAUUUGCCACUAAUUGAGGCUAGCAGGUUAUGCAAUAUGGACAUCAUCUCUAAGGUCCAACAGGUGAUCUGCUUCGCGUUCCAUGACAGCAAGCUGCUGAUGGAAACAUGCCAGGAGGCCAAGAACCUUCGGAAGAUCGUGACACUCUUCUACUUGGAUUAG